AAAAACCAUCAAAAUUUAGGGUUUUGUCGUUAAAAACACCGCGGUUCAGCCCCUUCAAAUCAUCGUCUUCCUUCUGCAUCCUCUCUUCUUCACUCUUCACCAUGAGCAGGUCAGGCCAGCCACCGGAUUUGAAGAAGUACAUGGACAAACAGCUUCAAAUCAAGCUGAAUGCAAAUCGCAUGAUUGUUGGUACUCUCCGGGGCUUUGACCAGUUUAUGAAUUUGGUUGUUGACAAUACUGUGGAGGUGAAUGGCAAUGAGAAAAAUGAGAUAGGGAUGGUGGUAAUCAGAGGAAAUAGUGUGGUAACUGUAGAGGCACUUGAACCAGUAAACAGGAGUAUCUGAUAAGUGUUUCUUGUAAACAUUUAUAAGUAAAUUGUACGGUUUAAGGUUUCAAUUCAACAAUUGCCGGUUUCUGAAUGUAAUUGGGAAUCUUAGUAUUGCCAUGCUAGCGGCUAAUAUGAGAUUUUGUUUCUGGUUUAUUUUCAAUCCAGGAUACCUUCAGUAGUUCAGUGGAUUGUAUUGGGUUUAACUAAAAUGAUGUAUAUGUCUUCUUCAGUUGAAUUGAUACUUUUCUACUGCAUAUAACAUUGGCAAUUCUCACUUUCUUUUUA